GCGGCGUCGCGGGCGCGGCCAUGUUGGCGGCCGCGCUCCCCAUUGUUGGGGGAAAGCGGCGAGGAGGGGAGAUGCGGGGACCCAGGCGGGGCGGGCGGCCGGGAGCACCAGGACCCCGGGCCGGGCCCGAGGCCGAUGGAACCACUCGGAAGCCAAGCCCGCGUCGGAGGCGGCGAGUUUUCCGGGCUCGAGUUGUGAUGACUCAAGCUAGGGCUUCUCUCAAACCUGUGUGCUGAGGAGACUCAGAUGUUGGCCUCAGCUCCUAGGCUGAACUCAGCAGAUCGGCCCAUGAAAACUUCUGUAUUGAGACAAAGGAAAGGAUCCUUCAGAAAGCAACACCUAUUAUCCUGGGCUUGGCAGCAAGGAAGAGGACAGGUAGUGGAAAUCCUACAAUCUGAGAAGCAGACUGAAAGGUGACAAAGAAGCUGAAGAUGGGUGGCGCAGAGAGGUAUAACAUUCCAGCCCCUCAAUCUAGAAAUGUUAGUAAGAACCAACAACCGCUUAAUAGACAGAAGACCAAGGAUCAGAAUUCCCAGAUGAAGAUUGUUCAUAAGAAAAAAGAAAGAGGACAUGGUUAUAACUCAUCAGCAGCUGCAUGGCAGGCCAUGCAAAAUGGGGGGAAGAACAAAAAUUUUCCAAAUAAUCAAAACUGGAACUCUAGUUUAUCAAGUCCCAGCUUACUUUUUAAAUCUCAAGCUAAUCAAAACUAUGCUGGAGCCAAAUUUAGUGAGCCGCCAUCACCAAGUGUUCUUCCCAAACCACCAAGCCACUGGGUUCCUGUUUCCUUUAAUCCUUCAGAUAAGGAAAUAAUGACAUUUCAACUUAAAACCUUACUUAAAGUACAGAUAUAAAAUAACAAAGUAGCAUUUUUAAAACUUAGGUGUUUAUGGAUAGUCAAUUGGUCUGAAACAGAUUCACUAGGGAAUCUUUUUGUGUAGAACUAAUUAAUGUAAAAAAUAUAAUUAGACUUCAUCUCAUUUACGUGUUGUGUGCACUGUGAUGUAAUGGUAGUAUCAGUGCAACUUAAAGUAACUAAAUUAAUAAUUGUAUUUGGUAAUAAGUAUUCUCGACUGAGUAUCUUGUAAGUGAAACUAUUCAAGUUUAGAUUUGGGGAAUGGUAAAGGAAUCAACUUUUUCUGUUGUUUAUUGGGGGAAAGAUAGUAAUUUAUCAUUCAUGGAUCUCACUAGAUUUACUUGAGUUAGUGAAUCAGAUUAUAAGCAUCUAGCGAAGACAUACAAGGAUUGAAAACCAGUUGAACAUUUCAAAGUUCAAUAUACUAGAAACAGCCACACCAGUAAUAUGCCAACAACUUGAUGCACUGCCAGAAGAAAAUGUGAGUUUUUCUUAGUGGUUGCAUUUUAGUGAAUUGUGCAGUGGUGGAUGUGGAAGGGGUUCUUGGGGUUUAUUAGAAUGAGGCACAAAAUACCCCGAUGGCCCUAUUUUUUAAUGCAUGGAUAGGUGUCUGCUAACAAAUGCACCAAAACCAUUUUUUAUAGAAACAGUAUUUAAUGGUCACUGAAUAGCUUUCAAAAUACAUUUUUGUAUUACAGCACUGCAUAAGCUAUUCUGACAGUGAUCUGGCCUCAUCAUCCCUGCAAAGCUUGCUUAAGUGGGGAGUUGUAUAAUGUGAAAGUUUUAAGUACCUAUGGAAGAAAGAGCCAUGUAAAUACAUGUAAUAAACUUAUAGCAUAUGU